AUGCAAUUAAGUGACUUUCCUCAAAAUGUACGGGUUUUAUUGUGUUUUGAAGAAGUUUCAGAGCAUGCCAGCAAAUCGUUGCUUAAAGGGAUGAAUUUGAACAGUACUGUUACUGAUGAAAUUUCUCCACCUAUAACACAGAUGCGCAAAAAUUUCAUGCGGCAGAGCGAAUUCGAUGAACUUUACGAUUUUUGCCCGCCGCCAAAAAUUGAUAAAAAGGUAAAGAAUUAUGCAAAGCGUAUUCUAUAUCCGUUUUUCGGCAAGAGGCAAUUUUUAACAUUUUUGGUUUCAUUAGUACCUUGCAUAAAGUGGUUGAGCAAUUAUAAAUGGAAGUCUUAUAUAAUUGGAGAUUUCGUUGCAGGCAUUACCAUUGGUGUUAUGCACUUGUCUGCAAUAAAAAAUUACAAAAAAAACCUCAAAUGCAAUAGUUGUUUAGGAAUAGCGUACGCUAUUCUGUCCGGCGUUGAUCCAGUGUAUGGACUCUAUUCCUCAUUUUUUCCUGUUCUUUUCUAUAUGAUACUUGGAACAUCUAAACAUGCUUCAAUUGGUAAAUUCAUAUUUUUUACAAGAUCAUUUGCUAUAGUCAAUUUAAUGACAGGUACAUCACAAUCAAGAAUUCUCACAAAGAUUAAUCAAAAUCAUCUAGAAAAUGAAGUUUCUUAUAUUGGGAAUGCUGUCAAAAUGGGCGCAUCUACUGCCGUUCUGCAAAAUCUUACUGCUAAUAUUCCCCUUGGUUUGAAAGAUGUUACUAGUAUACAAAUCGUCUCGUCAUUAACUUUUUGUGUUGGAAUUGUGCAUAUUUUAAUGGCAGUUUUUCGGAUCGAAUUUUUAGCUUCAUAUUUGUCGGAUCAACUUAUUUCUGGAUUUAGCACUGGAGCUUCAAUUCAUGUAAUAAUCGUGCAGUUGGAUAAAAUUUUUCAGAUCAACGUUGCAAGAAAGAAUGACCGGGUUUCAAUCAAUUUAGUUGUAAAAACUAUGUCGAUGGCUUUCUUUGCUUUUUGA